AUGGAAUCACUUCGCCUUUAUCCACAAGCAGUACAAUUAAUGGGUUGUAAUCCUACAAAGCCAAUAAAUUUAUCAAUACUGAAAGGAUUUAUACCUGAAAGAUUUAUGAAUCCUGAAAAAGAGGUAAAAAAUAAUUGGGUUCCAUUUUCUGAUAAAAUUUUAUUACCUUCAUCCUUAAUGCUACAUCCCAAGAAUUUAGAACUUAUAUUUUCAAAGUUAAAUUAG